AAUAUCGUCACAUCUUCUCCUCCAAUGAGGAUGGAGAUGGUGUUUGCUGACGUGGCAUUUCCCUCUAUUACACCUCGCUUUCCAUCUUCUUCUUCUUCUUCUUAUUCUUCUUCCCUAACCAACAGCAACAUCAUUGUCAUGUCGGAAGAUCACCGCCGUUGGAUGGAUCACAUCACUUCAUGGGAGUACUUCUCUUUAAACAUUAACAACGAUCAGCAUCAUGAUCAGUACUACGCAAGUCAUAAAGAAGAAGGGAUUAGAAACCCUAAUCAAAGUAAUUGCAGCAAGAAAGAGACAAGAGACUAUGGAAGCUGUGGAAACUCGUCAAAAGCUUCGGUGGCGAGAGGACAUUGGAGACCAGCUGAAGAUGCUAAGCUCAAAGAACUAGUCGCUCUCUAUGGUCCACAAAACUGGAACCUCAUCGCGGAAAAGCUCCAAGGAAGAUCCGGGAAAAGUUGUAGGCUUCGUUGGUUUAACCAACUAGACCCGAGGAUAAACAGAAAAGCCUUCACAGAGGAAGAAGAGGAGAGGCUAAUGCAAGCUCAUAGGCUUUAUGGUAACAAAUGGGCGAUGAUAGCAAGGCUUUUCCCUGGAAGGACUGAUAAUUCUGUGAAGAACCAUUGGCAUGUUAUAAUGGCUCGCAAGUUUAGAGAACAAUCUUCUGUUUACCGCAGGAGGAAGACGAUGCUUCCUCUUAACCCACCCCUUAACCCAAAUUCUCAGGUUUUCAACGUUUUUGACCCUACUAGGUUAGCUUUGACCCACCUUGUGAGUAAUGAUGAUCAGAACCAGUUUAUGUUGCCAGUUCCUUGCUUCUCAGGUUCUGAUCAUGGAAACGAGAGUCCAUUGAUGUUGGGAAUGUUUGAAAAUCAAAUGAUGGUCGGUGAUUACGUAGCAAGGAUUCAAGAGGCAACUACAUUCGAUUUUGCGAACCAAACCGGGAAGUGUGAGAUGCUUGAGAGCAUGAAUGAGGAGAAGAAACCACCCUUUUUCGAUUUUCUUGGGUUAGGAACGGCGUGA